UUAAUUCAAACUACGUCGUUUACUUGUGCCAGCAAUCAAUUCAAUACGAUGCAGAGCACCUCACUCGUGUCGUCUUCUUCAAAUUCACUGUCUCUGUCACCAGCCGAAACCAAAACCACUACCACUACCGCCGCAGCAGGUCCACGAAUCGGUGCUCCGCUCACAAGGGUUCCAGCUUCUUCCAGGGUCGAAUUUCCCUCCAUUCGCUUGCAUCACGACCGAUCCAUACUCUCUCCUCUGUGCUGCACCGCUAGUGAGUCUGUGAAGGGAGAACAAGAAAUGGCUUUGAAAGAUGCUGAAGACGAUCGCAUAGCGAGAAUUUCCUCUGCCAUUCGAGUGAUCCCGAACUUUCCUAAGCCAGGGAUUUUGUUCCAAGACAUCACUACGUUGCUUCUGGAUACCAAGGCUUUCAAAGACACCAUUGAUUUGUUUGUCGAAAGGUACAAAGACAAACGCAUCUCCAUCGUUGCAGGUAUUGAAGCAAGAGGUUUUAUAUUUGGCCCACCUAUUGCUUUGGCUAUAGGAGCAAAAUUUGUACCUAUGAGGAAGCCAAAUAAGUUGCCAGGGGAGGUUAUUUCAGAAGAAUAUUCUUUGGAGUAUGGAACUGACAAGAUUGAGAUGCAUGUUGGAGCUGUAGAAACAGGAGAGCGUGCACUUAUCAUAGAUGAUCUUAUUGCAACUGGGGGAACCUUGUGUGCUGCAAUCAGGCUACUUGAACGUGUUGGAGUAGAUGUGGUUGAGUGUGCCUGUGUUAUAGAAUUGGCCGAGCUGAAGGGUCGAGACCGAUUGGGUGGGAAACCAUUGUUUGUGCUGGUUGAUGCAUCAGCCUGAUCAAUAUGCCCUUGUAUUACUUUCUGUUUCCUGGUCAAGCUAGUUUGAGAAUUCUGAAACUUAUUAUGAGGUGGUCGAUUUGAGAAAACCGCUUGAUUAUUAAGGGAAGGAAUUGGUCGAUAAUAAAAGGUUUGUAACAUUUGGAUGGUUUGCUUUUAUUUUAUGGAAAAUAAUUGUUGGUGAUGCCAAA